UCAAGGCCGCGAACGGCUCAGGCCAUGAACACACACGGCCUCUGCCGCACGUCCCGCGACCACCCUCCACCCGCCAGGACCCCGAGAGGGACUGCUCAUUCGGCUGGCUGCUGGCGGCACCCCAGCGCGCCGACGGCAUGAUGGCCAAUGCGGAGGAUGACCGCUGCGGCGCCCCCCCAUCGGUGGUGAGGCGCUCACGGGCUCAGCGCCGCCGAGCACGACUGCGAUGCCGACUCUUCCGGACUGGAGCGGCUGCUGGCCUUCCGCCCGGCCUCGUGGAGAUGCAGAUCGUACCGAAGAACUUCCACCAUGAGAAGUCGGACAAGGCCAUACUGGCGAGGGACUCCGAGUGCGACGGCGCCGAGCCGCAGAUCCACGACGUCUCGAACGGCAUCCUCUACUCCAGCUGCGCCGCGAAGACGUCGCAGGUGAAUUGCGAGAAGUACGACGGCAACCCCUGCCUCGAGCGCUACGAGACGACCCACGGGAAGUCGGACACGGACAUGGUGGUGAGCGUCCCCGACGGCCGCGUCGGGACGAACGUCUACGACAAGGACGGCACGACGCACGACACGGACAUGCUGGUGAGCGUCCCCGACGGCCGCACCGAGGCGAACACUUAUGGCUUCUGCAAGGACGACAAUGCGAACGGCAUUGCUCGCUCCAGCUCCGCCGCGCCGACGCCGCAGGGGGUCAACGAGAUGCAGACCGUGCCGAAGAACUCCCACCACGAGAAGGUGGACAAUGCCAUGCUGAGGAUGGACUCCGAUGGCGACGGCACCGAACCGCAGAUCAGCGACGUCCCUCACGGCAUCGUGUGCUCCAGCUGCCCCGCGAAGACGUCGCAGGUGAUGAGCGAGAAGUACGACGGCCACCGCUGCCUUGCGUGCUACGAGAUGAUCGAGCCGAACACCUACGACAUCUGCGGCAUGGACGGCGAGAAGUACAGUGACCCGUUCUGCCUCAAGUGCUGCGAGAUGAUGCACAGGCGCGGAGAGUCGGACAAGGCCUUCGGGACGAAUACCUACGACGCCUACGACAAGGACGGCGCGACGAACGACACGGAUAUGAUGGCGAGCGUCCCCGAUGGCCGCCUCGAGGCGAAUACCUGCGGCCUCUGCAACAAGGACGACACAGCGAAUGGCAUUUUCCGCUCCAGCUUCGCCGCGCCGACGCCGCAGGGGGUCUACGAGAGACAGAUCGUGCCGAAGAGCUUCCACUUCGAGAAGGUGGGCAAGGCCUUGCUGAGGAUGGACUCCGAUGGCGACGGCAUCGAACCGCAUAUCAGCGACGUCCCUCACGGCAUCGUGUGCUCCAGCUGCCCCGCGAAGACGUCGCAGGUGAUGAGCGAGAAGUACGACGGUCACCGCUGCCUUGCGUGCUACGAGAUGAUCGAGCCGAACACCUACGACAUCUGCGGCAUGGACGGCGAGAAGUACAGUGACCCGUUCUGCCUCAAGUGCUGCGAGAUGAUGCACAGGCGCGGGAAGCUGGGCAAGGCCAAGCUGACGAGCGACCGCGAGGGCGGAGACACGACCAACCCGGAUCGGAUCGACACCUACGCCGAGGAGGAGGACGAGGAGGCGGAGGACGACAGCAUCCCCAUCGACAUCUACGACGCCUUCGCCCGCGCUUGCAGCGACGCGAUAGUGGACCUGACGCUGCAGAAUAUCGAGGAGAUGGUGACCGCGGCCCUCGAGCGGACGAUGUCUGAGACGGCGUCCCACUCUUUUUGGGAUUCCGUCGAGGGUUUGUGGACCAUCAACAGGAUGGCUAGGCGACACAUUCAGCUGCUGGACGAUUUGCGCAUUUCUGCCCCUUUGUGAUUUGUUUGCCAUUCUCGUUUCGUGCUGCGAGCUGUCCUUGCCGCGCGCGCCCGUGCAGCGAAUUUUCCCCGCGUCUGGCUUCUCACCGACAGUCUGCCGUCCCGAGCAGCGCUGUCGUGCGUGCCCCAGACGCGAGAGAGAGUAUGGACCUGAUGGGUUCCAGCGACGGUCUUGCUGUACUAUACGCCACUUUUCCUCCCCAGCACACAGGCCCCUUCGUCGAGAAAAAAAG